AUGGAUGGACCCAUUGAUGAAAUACGGGAAGUUCUUCCCAAGAAAGGACUUGUUCAUUAUGAAGACUAUGAGAAGUUCAUUCUCUGCAAGCCAAAGAUCCUCCCUUUGAAGCCAGUGACCCUAGAAAAGCUGGAGCAGAUGCAAAGAGAGGCUCAUCAAGUCGCCAAAGAUCGGAUAUCUUCUGCUCAACCUGGACAUUCUCGGCGAAGUUGA